GGGCCUUUGACCUCAAACAUGGCCUCAUUGCAGCCCGCCAUCGUCCUGCUCCUGCUUCUGACUCUUGCUUGCGGGCUGAGGCAGGGCAGUGUGAUGAUUGAGACCCUGAAUUCAGAGCAGGCCAUCGACCCAAGCGGCACAUUAGAUGAAGGAGGCGCAGAGCAGCAGGAUGGCUCGGCAGAAGGCCAGAGAUACUUGGUGUUUUGUGGUGAAAAUGCUAUGGCGGUAGUUUUGCCCCCAGGCUCUCUCUCUGAGAUGCAGGUCUUUGAUUCAUCAGGAAUGUAUCCUGUCUUCGGCCUUCCAGAGGCCUGUGACUACUCUCUAACCAGGGAAAACGGGAGGGUUGUUCUUCACAUCCACUUUGCUGGCUGUCCUGUCACUGUUGAGGAGGGCAGCUACACUCUGAGAUUCCUGUAUCGUAACAGCGCUGGGCAGCUUGAGAUCGUCACAGUGUCCUGCAGUAACUCCAGUCACGCGCCCUCUUCAAAAACGCGAUCUUCACGCCAUCCUGUUCUGUCCUACCCUGCUGUCAAGAUAUCCCCUCCCCAAGCAGUGCAGCUGUACUUUCCCUAUGGGGAGCCAGUGUCCGUUCCCCAACCUGAUCCACUGCCACUGGCAACACUGACCGCUUCCCCAUUGGAUCUGCUGUUCUUUCCUGAAUUUGAUCCGCUGUUCCCUGCACCAGGGGUUCCACUGCCGGCUUUCCAAUGGGAACAACCGUCUCCUACACCAACCAGUAUGCAUGUGCCGGCGAUGCCCUCGUCUCUUGGGCGUCGUUCAAAAUGCAAACAACGAGGGGAUCGACUCUCCUCUCCCCGAUUGGAGCCACUGUCCCCUACACCAGUGGAGCCACUGUCCUCUGCUGAAUUUGGUCCACUGUUCCCUACACCAGGGGAUCGACUCUCCUCUCCCCAAUGGAAGCCACUGUCCCCUGCACCAGUGGAGCCACUGUCCUCUCCUGAAUUUGGUCCACUGUUCCCUACACCAGGGGAUCGACUCUCCUCUCCCCAAUGGAAGCCACUGUCCCCUACACCAGUGGAGCCACUGUCCUCUCCUGAAUUUGGUCCACUGUUCCCUACACCAGGGGAUCGACUCUCCUCUCCCCGAUUGGACCCACUGUCCUCUCCUGAAUUUGGUCCACUAUUCCCUACACCAGGGGAUCGACUCUCCACUCCCCAAUGGAUGCCACUGUCCCCUACACCAGUGGAGCCACUGUCCUCUCCUGAAUUUGAUCCACUGCUCCCUACACCAGGGGUUCAACCGCCCACUUCCCAAUGGGAGCAACUGUCCCCUACACCAACCAGUAUGCAGGUGACUGCGAUGCCCUCAUCUCUUGCGUUGCAUUCAAACUUCAAAAAAGGCUGCAGCUUUCCUAGUGGUCAGAGAUUGCCGUGUGGUCGUCCUGGGACUACAGCUGCCGAGUGUCUGAGGAGAGGAUGCUGCAGAGACGAGGCGACUUUCGCCUGUUACUACCCCAUGGAUGUAUGUUUGGCCGACAGGCAGUUCAUCUUUGUCGUUCCCUCCAACGUUGCUGGUUUGCCCAUAAACCCUGCACGUCUGAUGGUGGUGGGGAGGAGUAGCUGUAAACCAGUCAUUGCCAACAGAGACUUUGCCGUUUUCAAGUUUGGGGUGACGGAGUGUGGAACACAUUCUUACCAAAUUGGAGAAACAACCGUUUACUUGGCUGAAGUGCAGUCACCAAUCAGGAAGCGCGUCCUGCAGUACGGCAUCAUUACCAGGGAUAUUCCUGUCAGGCUUAUGGUUGAGUGUCGCUACUCAAAGGGCAGUUUGGACCUUGCGGACUCUCCGGUCCUUGCAGACCCUCUGGCGCCGCAGGCUUCUCAAAGCCGUUUGAUGAAGGGCUGGGCUAGUGCUGGAUACAUGGUGAAGAGUGCCAGCCUGCCAGCCUUGGUGAGGGCCAAGGGACUGUAUGGAGUCCAGCUUCGGAUUGCGCAGGAUGAGACCUUCACCAAAUUCUGCUCUGAGGAUCACCAGCCCCUGAAAGUUCUCCUGGGUAAACCUGUGUACCUGGAACUGCGAAUAAACGCUCCCAACCCUAAAGCCACUCUGGUGGUGCACUACUGCGUGGCCUACCCUCGCUCUGCUAAGAGUGCCUUGGUGCUGCUGUAUGAGGGUUGCCCCAACCCUCUCGAUUCCGACAACAUCUCGAUCCUCUACGUGGCCGGCCAAUCGCAGGAUCCCCACGUGCGGCGUUUUGAAGUGAAGGCCUUCCAGUUUAUGGACAAGUCCACCAAUAAAUACCUCAAUGAGGAGAUCUACUUCAUGUGCUCUACCGAGGUCUGUAUGCCGUCCCAGACUCCGUGUAAGGAGACCUGCUUUGAUGGCAAGUCUUCAUCUACCACAGCUGCAGAUGUGUUGAACUCAUAUUCUCAAUUAAAAGUCAAGCACUUUUAAAUUCAA